CGGAGCUCGUGGAGGAGAUGCGGCGCGCCAGCAGAGACUACUCCAAGUACCUGCGGGGCGCCGAGGACCCCCACGAGAGCCUUCCCGAAGGACCCCUGCAGGGGGCGCCCUCUCCUCCUCCUCCUCCUCUCCAGGCGGGCCCCACUCAGCCCCACUCCCCCAAGUCCCUCCUGGGAGCCCUGCUCUUCCUGGGGCUGGGUCAGGUGGUCUGCAGCGUCGCCUUGUUCCUCUACUUCAGAGCCCAGAUGGACCCUAACAGAAUGUCAGAAGAAGAUACGCACUGUUUGAGAACUUUCCUGAAGCUUCAAGGAAGCAUCGAUCUGCAGGAAACAACCUUGGCAAAUCAGGAAAGGCUGAUGUCUGAAUCAUGCCGAAGGAUGAAACAAGCUUUUCAAGGAGCAAUGCAAAAGGAAGUCCAGCGUAUUAUUAUUGGGAAGGACCAGUCAAGAUCAGAAAAAUCUAUAAUGGGAGUAUCGUGGUUGGAUUUACCAAAGAAAAACAAACCUGACAAACCACCAUUUGCACAUCUCAUCAUUGAUGGCAAUAAAAUUCCAGCUGGAACCGGUAAAGUGAAUCUUACAUCCUGGCAUCAUGACAAAGGCUGGGCAAACGUACUAAACAUGACAUUCAGUGAUGGAAAAUUAAUAGCCAAUCAUGACGGCUUUUAUUACUUGUAUGCCAGUGUAUGCUUUAGACACCAUGAAGCUGUGGGGAACUUAACUGGACAAACUCUGCAGUUGAUGCUGUAUGUGACAAAAACUGAUGUUAAAAGGAAAAACUCUGUGGUCCUGAUGAAGGGAGGGAGUACAAAGAAUUGGUCAGGAGAUUCAGAAUUUCAUUUUUAUUCUGUAAAUGUUGGGGGCUUUUUCAAACUGAAAUCUGGUGAAGUAGUAAGUAUCCAGGUAUCAUACCCUUCUUUAUUGGAUCGUUCUCCAGAAGGAACUUAUUUUGGAGCCUUUAAAAUAAGGGAUAUUGAUUGAGCAUUGCUUGACAAUUGUUCAGGUUUAUUUAGCUGGAUCAAAAUAAAAGUAGCUAAGAGAGAUGGUUAACAGCUUGUGGGGUCCAGUUGUACAUGAAUAACAAUUUCUACCAGGCAGCCUUACCCACAACCACUUGCAGCUCUACUCAUAGAGUUCGGAUGGUUCAGUCCCAAAACGUAAUUUCAUUGCUUAAUUCAUAUCUUAGUUGUGGUGAUCUGGCUUGUGGACUUGGAAUAGUAUGUGAAUGUAAAUUGGCAGCCCAUCCAGAAUAUCAUCAAAACUAUUGGUUGUAAAAACACUUUAAAAUCCAAAUGCAUUUUAAAUUUUGUGCUGUGCAGAAAAUAAAGGCUUCCUUCCAGACUAAAUGAGCCAUACUUAGGCCUUAUUGAAAUCAAUGUGGAAACAUAACUUGCACCAUUAAUUUUAUGGUAACUAAGUAGAGCAAUCUUAGACAUGUCUACUUAGAGAUAAGUCCAACUCAGUUCUGUGAGGCUUAUUUCCAUGUAUGUAUGUCUUGGAUUGAGUUCAAAGUUGCAGUCCUAAACUUUGGCCUGUUACAGACUGCCAAAAUAAAGCUGCUUCGG